AUGGCUUCCUCACAGCCUAAUUCGCCGUCUGAUUCUGAGCCUGAAGCUAUUCCCGAGUCCCCGCCGACGAUACCAAGCCUCCAAAACACCGUGCCAAGCCUCCAUGACGCGAUGCCAAGCCUCCAUAUCCUCCCGCUACCUCCUCUCGAGCAAUACGAUACGCCAGAGCAAGGAAUCACCGCGAUCAAUGCCUUCGCCCGCGAGCAUGGCUAUGCAGUCUCAAUACUACGCUCAAUAGCUAAGAAAGGCGUCAAAAAGAUAGUGAAGCUAUGCUGUGACCGGGGUCGUACUCUACGAGCGCGGCCUAAUGAUGGCCCUGAGCGAAAGCGGCAGACUACCUCCAUAGCUAUUGACUGCCCAUUUUUACUCCGGCUUCGGCUUCAAGAGGACGGUCGUUGGAAGCUUACGGUCGACAAGCAAGAGCAUAACCAUGAGCCUUCGCCUCCAUCUACCCAUGUCGCUCAACGGAAGCAGGAGCUAUCUACAAAGGCGCCGGUGAUUCAAAAGCAGCUCCAACAGGGCCUUUCUACACGUCAUAUCCUCACUAGCAUUCGAAAGGAGGAUGAGGAGUCAUGUCUUACAGCCCGAGACGUCUAUAACCUUCGGAGGAAGCUUCAUGUUGAAUUCCUUGCUGGCCGUACGCCGCUUCAAGCUCUCUUGAUAGAGCUUCCGCGCGAUGGCGAAUGGAUCUUCAAGCAUGAGGUAGAUGAUGAGAAUCACGUCACUGCCUUAUUUUGUAUGCAUAAGUCGAGUAUUGCGAUGCUUAGGACUAAUUCAUGGGUUAUUUCAAUGGAUUCUACAUACAAAACUAAUAGAUACGGCCUUCCCUUACUCGAUAUUAUUGGCUUUGCUGCUACUGGAUCAAGCUUUUACGUCGGCUUCGCCUUCAUGAAGGAUGAGAAGCAGGAUAGCUAUGAAGUGAUACUCAGCUGUCUUGCUGAAGCAUUCGAAUCUCUUACCCUUGAGCCACCCCGGACGAUCCUUACCGAUAAGGAAGAAGCGCUAAUGAAUGCCAUUAAGGUGGUCUUCCCUUCCACAAAGCAUAUGAUCUGUCUAUGGCAUAUCAACAUGAAUAUCUUGAAGAAAGCGCGUCCGCUACUCGCUGAGCAGCUCGCAAAAGCUCGGCAAGAGACUGACGCUGUAGCAAAUGCUUCCUCAGCUUCCUCGCAGCGUCGGACGAAGGCAGAGAGAGACCGAGAGCUUCGAGAAAUGGUCGAUAAAGCGUGGAAGAUGAUGCUAAAGCGUGAAUGGCUAGACGACUGCCCCGAGUAUUUCCUUCAUGAAUACACCUCCGAAUACCUUCAUCUUAACGAGAUUUCGACCUCUCGGACCGAGGGAGCUCACUGGCUGCUUAAGCAGGAUCUUCAAGUCUCGACUAAUGAUCUACUGGUUGUUCUCCGCACCUUUGAGAAUGCUGUAAAGCUUCAAUUCAAGAAGGUCACCGAUACGAUCGAGAAUGAUAAGAUUAGGAGGUCUACCGAUACUCGCUGGAAGCAGCUAUUUAGGCUAGUUGUUGGACGAAUUUCGGCCAAGGUGAUAGAGCAUACAAUAGACGUCUACAACCGCUAUCGACCAGCAAGCGAUGAGAAGCCGCCGAUUCCUCCACUUUGCCGCUGUAAUUCGAAGAAUACGGCAGGGUUCCCAUGCAUUCAUCUCAUCAUACAGUACGAAGAAGAGGAGAAGAGCUUUGAGCCUGAGUUAUUUCAUCAACACUGGCAUUUGUACAGUGUAUUUGCACCUCCUAUUAACCCGCUACUCCUACUCCAGGAUCCUCUCCAAGUGCGCCGGCGAGGGCGCCCCCGAGGCGCUAGGAACUUCAUCAGCGGCGGCGAAAGCACCCAAGCAAGCACCCAAGACACCUCCACCCAGCGAGACCCCUCCGGCUUCGAGCUCAUGCUAUCUCAGGAAGGUGGACGGGGCCGAGGACGUGGCAGAGGACGUGGCAGAGGACGUGGCAGAGGACGUGAAGGGACACAACAGGCAUCACAGGGAGAGAACGGAGUGGGAAUAGCUUCAUCUACGGUCCAGGAAGCUCAACAAGCUUCUCAGGAAGGUGGACGGGGCCGUGGACGCGGCCGAGGACGUGGCAGAGGACGUGGCAGAGGACGUGGAGGGACACAACAGGCAUCACAGGGAGACAAUGGGGUGGGAAUAGCUUCAUGUGCGGCCCAGGAAGCUCGUACGGCAUCGCCAGCGAGCAAUCCUGCUUCGCCGAGCAUGGGGAUAGCUUCAUGUACGGCCCAGCGCGAGGAUUCCUGGCCCGACCGCCUCAGGAAGCGUCGGGGAGCUCCAUAA